AUGAAGAACAACAAGCAGUUUCAGCACAAGAUGCUCCAGAAGCACAUAGACGUGUGUGAGGCUGCUAACUCUCUGGCGAACAAUUUCAGCGAGCUGACCAACCACAGCAUGGACGUGUGCGUGAAUCUGAUUCAGGAGAGAAAUAUCGUCAUUCCGUGGCAGGUUCUGUUGCAGGUGACAGAGGCGAAGCUCCAGUUUUUGUUCCAGGAGUUGGGCGAGGCCCCGAGCUCGAAGCUUGCCGACAUCACAGACCGCAUCCUCGAGAUCAUUUGUGCUUGGAAGCAUGUCUCUCACCCGGUCCGCCUCGAGUCGGACGACGAUGACGAGACCACCAAGAUGAAGGAGGAAUCUGUGACAUGGUCUGCGAAACGAAGCACUUUCAACCUCUUGUGGUUGGAGCUGGAGGCAGACAUCCGUGACGCGGGUUCGGAGGACACAGAGGAGCGUGCCAAACUGGAGGCCAAGGCUGAGGCCGAGGGGGAGCUUCAGUCCGUGACGGUUUCCGCGUUGGCUUGCCCGGCUUUCUUCAAUUUGCUUGAGAGCAAGAACACUGCAGCUUUGCUGAUGGUGGCCGAGAAAUAUGUGGGUGCCUAUGCCAAUGACGGUGUGCAGGAUCUCGAGGACUUUCACGAGAGCGGCAAGCACGCCUGUGAGGUCAUCAAGCAGGGGCUGUCCUCGUUGAUUGUGUUGCUCGUCCCGACGCCGGGGCACUUAGGCACUUCCCCCACGGAUGUCAGCAACAUCAUUACCUACGAGGAUCCCAAGUUCAAGAAGGAUGCCAGCAAGAUGGACUUGCUGGGGACGCUUCAGUUGUUCUUCCAGGAGGACAAGUUCUGGCAAGAGGCGGCCGAUGAAGUCCUGAAGCUGGGAACCUCCAUCAUGAAGUACGGCGAUGAGCUGCAGGCCUUGAUUGAUGAUCUCAGCAAGGAGUCCGAGGAUGCCAGUGACGAGGUCUCCGAAGCCUUCACCCGGAGCGUCGGCCGCUUCGACUUGUUGCGGAAAAGCUUGCGGAAAAACGCCACUGACAAGCUCGAGAAGCUCAUUCGUGCCCGGUUGGAGCGCAUCAUUGGGCGAAUGUGUAAGACUACUGAAAUCUCCCAGGAGAUGAAUGUGCACAUCUCUUUGAUCAUGAAGGCUUUGGGUUUCUUCCCCACUGCCAAGGGCAUUAUGGAGCUGAGAAGCAAGUUCGUGGCUUGGCAGAAUGGUAUGGACAAGGAGCUGAGCCAGCAGAAGCUGCUGACCUUGGCUGACGCCGUGGGCCGUGACGAGGCAUGGCCCGUGAAUGAGCUCAAGAGAAGCAUUGACAAGGCAUGUACCAGUAAAGGCGAGGACGACGAGAACUUGGAGCCUGAGCUUGUGAAGAAACUGGAGGCAGUCUCAUGGGCCAUCAUGGAGAGGCUGGCCCUCGAGGCUGGUUUCCUCGAGAAGUCCAAGUAA